CCUGUGUACCCAACGCAUUUACACUCGAGCGUGCUUAUUCUGUGGACAAAAGAUCCCCAGGAAAUGGAGAAAUUAGCAUUCGACGUCGAACACUUUAUACGUAACGUUCGUGAUCGACCGUCCAUUUGGGAUUCCUCUUCCCAAGAAUACAGCGACAGGUUAAAGAAACACGCAUGUUGGCUAGAAAUCUGUCGAAUUCAUUACGCAGAUUUUGAUGAAAUGGUUGAGAAGAAACGGAGAGAUAUUGGGCUGGAGCUUCAAAAAAAAUGGAAAAAUCUCAGGUUGGCAUUCGUACGAGAAGUGUCGAAGCUAAAAAUGCUUAAAUCCGGAAAUGGAUCAGAAAAACGGACAAAAUAUCCGUAUUACGAUAUGUUGUCAUUCCUACUACCAGUUGUAUCAAAUAAACAGACAAUUUCAAACAUCAACCAGUCACUACAAAGAAGCAAAAAUGAUGGACAACUACAGCCACAGAACUCUGCAUCGUCUUCACAUGUACCCUCAGGGGUAAAACGUUCAAAGAAGACAAAGGACACAGUAGAAAAUAUCUGUGAUGUCCGGAAUCGAAGUCUGUCACAGAAGGCUAAGGCAGAGAAGAAAAUAUUUGAUAUGGAAGCUAAACUUCAAGAAGAACUUACGGAUGAUGAGGACAAACACUUUCUUUUGUCUCUGUUGUCUCAUGUAAAAAAAGUGCCAGACGAUCUUAAACUACAGAUGAGGACAGAAGUGAUGCAGGUGGUUAUGAAAUACACUCAACUAAUACCUACAUCCCAUUUUGUUCCACCAUGCUAUUUUAACGUACGAAAUGAUCAAAAUAUGCCGAGUAUUAGCGAAACAUGUAAUUUUAUGGAGGUGGCCGAUGUGCCCCGGCCUACACGGAGCUCAUAUGUGGCAUCGUCUUCAGAGCCAUCUCCUACCCUCAGCGCCACUUCUAGCCAUCAUGAUAACUAAAGUAGACUGUAGAAUUUUCCAUUCAGAAUAAUAAUUUGUUUCUGUUGU